GGGGUGGAUUCCGAUGCAGACGAGGCGUACGCAGAUGCGUACGACACUUGGGCCGCCGGACAUGAGGCGAUCAAAACGCUUCUAUACCAGACGCUACCGGAAAUGCUGAAACUCCAGAUUAUUCCUGAGAAGAAGGCGUCCGGAGCUUGGAAGGUGGUCAUAGCUGAGUACGACAACCGUGGUGACUUCGUACAGGCUGAACUACUCCGACGGAUGCAUGCUCUCCGCUGCACUGAGGAGAAGGACCCCCGACCGAUUCUAGAUAGGCUUCAGAAGCUCAAGGCCGAGUUCACGACAGCCGACGGCAUUCUUGACGACAAGCAAUACUGUGUGCUCAUCAUCAGCUGCCUUCCAGAGUUUUAUCGCCCUGUUUUCCACCGUCACAUGGCACAUGCCCAUGCCCCUGCCCUCAAGAAAAUGGUUGAGGCCAAUAUCGUCACCGGAGUGCGACUCGAGGACUCGACC